CAUCCGAUCAAACUUGUUUCUAAUUCUUUUACUGCCGGAUCUCGACGAUACAUUCCUUCACGAUUUCAUGCAUCUGUGAAGAAAGCGGAUGGCGAAACCUAGGCAUUAUCGUCCUUCUGGUCGAAGAUCCUCUUAUCCGACCCUCGUUUUCGCUGUACUCCUCAUGUUUACCUUUGUGAUUUUGAUUCUUAUGGCGCUUGGAAUUCUCUGGGUGCCCAGCAACAACCGAGCUUCCUCCAAAGCCAACGAUCUGAGCUCCAUCGUCCACAAGAGUAUCAAAAGUGGCGGGGAUGAUGCGGAGCGGUGGGUUGAAAUUAUCUCAUGGGAGCCAAGAGCUUCUGUUUACCACAAUUUCUUGACCAAGAAAGAAUGCCAGUACCUAAUCGAACUUGCCAAACCACAUAUGGAGAAGUCUACAGUUGUUGAUGAGAAGACAGGACAGAGCAGAGACAGCAGGGUGCGUACGAGCUCGGGGACAUUUCUCCCGAGAGGACGCGACAAAAUUAUCCGGGACAUUGAGAAAAGGAUAGCAGAUUUGACAUUCAUACCAGUUGAGCACGGGGAAGGACUUCAAGUUCUGCAUUAUGAAGCUGGACAAAAGUAUGAGCCUCACUAUGACUACUUCAUGGAUGAGUAUAACACUAGGAAUGGAGGCCAGCGGACAGCUACAGUUCUGAUGUAUCUGUCAGACGUAGAAGAGGGUGGUGAGACAGUGUUUCCAGCCGCCAAGGGCAACUACAGUGCAGUGCCAUGGUGGAAUGAGUUGUCAGAGUGCGGUAAAGGAGGGCUUUCCGUAAAACCAAAGAUGGGUGAUGCAUUGCUUUUCUGGAGCACGACACCGGAUGCGACUCUCGACCCGUCUAGUCUUCAUGGGGGUUGUCCAGUGAUCAAAGGGAACAAGUGGUCAUCCACGAAAUGGCUGCGUUUACACGAGUACAAAGCUUGAAAAGUGUCUGCCAGUUCUGAGGAGUACCGAUUAAACAGAGGAGGGGGAACAUUAUUUGUUUGAGAUGAAGGGUAUGAAUGGCAUUUGGUAGGGUGUACUAUCAUUAAUCCAUCAUACAUGGGGUUGUUGGUGUCUCUUCUUGUACAUUGGUGGUGGGCUUCUACACUUCCAUUCCAUCUUCAUGAAUGUUUUUGAGUUAUGUAGUCCAGGAACGGACCACACUAUUGUAUUGUUCAACAUAUGUGGGCCUUAAAUGGGCCUUUUAAGAUCCCCAAAUAUUGGCCCAACUUUCAA